AUGUUGCCCUAUGUAGACGCUUUGUUUAGCUACUCUGCUCAGCUUACCGGCGCCUCGGUGGAUGAGCUCAAGCUGAUCGGUUCAUUCCUGCUCUCCUAUCCACUCGCCGCCUUGCUGAAACGGAUCCCCGACGCCCAGCCUUGGAAAAAGAAUGCGUUCAUUAUCGGUGUCUCGCUCUUCUACCUUGUCGGUCUUUUCGACCUCUGGGAUGGCCUGCGUACACUUCUUUACAGCGCAGCCGGCACCUAUGCCAUUGCCUACUAUGUGGAUGGCUCGUUGAUGCCCUGGAUUGGGUUCAUCUUUCUCAUGGGCCACAUGUCGAUCAACCAUAUCUACCGCCAAAUCCUCGAUGACGCGCAGGCAGUGGAUAUCACAGGAGCGCAGAUGGUGCUGGUCAUGAAACUUCAUUCCUUCUGCUGGAACAUCCAUGACGGUCGUCUCCCUCAGGAGCAGCUAUCGGAUGCGCAAAAGUACUCUGCGAUCACCGAAUUCCCCAGCAUUUUCAACUACCUGGGCUACGUCUUGUUCUUCCCAUCGCUCUUUGCUGGUCCGUCAUUCGAGUACGUCGACUACCGCCGCUGGCUGGACACAACCCUGUUCGAUGUCCCCCCAGGCACAGACCCAGCCAAGGAAGAAGCGCAAGAUCCGCGCAGCGGCACUCCUGCUGCCAAGAAAGCCGCCAUCGGUCUUUUCUGGAUCUUCGCCUUCCUGAAGCUGGGAGGGUGGUUCACUACGGAAUUUGCUUUGUCCGAUGAAUUCCUAAAAUUCUCCUUCCCUAGCCGUGUUUUCGCCUUAUACAUGCUCGCCUUUACCACACGGCUGAAGUAUUACGGUGUGUGGUCUCUGACUGAGGGUGCUUGUAUCCUCUCCGGUAUGGGAUACAAUGGAUUCGAUGCCAAAUCAGGCAGAGUCUUCUGGAACCGCCUCGAGAACAUUGAUCCUUACAGUCUUGAGACCGCCCAGAACUCAUAUGGUUACCUCGGCAGCUGGAACAAGAACACCAACCACUGGCUGCGCAGCUAUGUCUACCUGCGUGUCACCCCCAAGGGCAAGAAGCCGGGCUUCCGCGCUAGCAUGGCUACCUUUGCGACCAGCGCUCUGUGGCAUGGCUUCUAUCCGGGCUACUACCUGACCUUUAUACUGGGCUCCUUCGUCCAAACCGUUGCAAAGAACUUCCGCCGCUACGUGCGCCCCUUCUUCCUCACCCCUGACGGCACCAAGCCAACCCCCUACAAGCGGUACUACGAUAUCGCCAGCUGGCUAGCAACCCAACUCACGCUCGGCUUCGCCGUACUCCCCUUCAUCCUUCUCGGCUUUGCUGACUCAAUGACCGUUUGGUCCCGCGUCUACUUCUACGGUAUCAUCGGCACCGCGUCUUCCCUCCUCGCCUUCGCCUCCUUCUCCCCAGUGAAGGCGUAUCUAGUCGGCCAGCUUAAGCGCCGCAACCGGCCUCACAUCCCGCGCACAAUGAGCCAGGAGACCUUGCGCCCGCCAACACUGGGUCUGCCGAAUGACCCGGAGCGCGACUUUGAUGAGGCCGUUGCUGAAAUCAGGUCGGAGAUUGAGUCUCGGCGUCGUAGGGGGAGUGUGGUUACUAUGCCUACUGGGGAGGAGUUGAAGAUUGCUGUUGAGCAGAAGAUUGGGCGGAAGCUUUGA